AAUAAUGACGUUUGGUGUAGCUGUGAAUGCAGUGUGAUGUUGCCCUUCGGUGUUGGUGGUUAUCACAGGCUGUGGACUGUGAAUCAGCAUUAUAACUGUCAAAAACUUCACAAUGAACAUCUUUAUUCUCUUGAGUCCAGACAUAAUGUUUGUCAAAUGUUAAUGUUUUGCAAGAGUAAUGGUGUUUAGCAAUUAACAUUUAUAUAAAUAUUAAUGAGCAUCAAUAAAGAUGGAACAGGAAUCUUCUAACCAAUUAGAAGAUUCAAUUGUUAAAAGUGAAAUUAUAAAAAAUGAGCUGACAAGCGAAGUAAAUCCUCUACUCGUACAAGAAGCAGUAGAUACAAUAGAUGAGGUGGAUAUGGAUCAAUUUACUGAACCCGAGAUACUAAAAACAGUUGAAAAUGAUACCAGUCCAAAGAUUGAGGGAGACAAUUUUCCUGUUGGCUGUGCAGACACAUUUAUGGGAGAACAGAAAGUGGAGGCAGUGACAUCAUCAUCAGACGAAGAAACUUCAGGCACACCAGAAAAAGCAGUUAAGAGGAGAAAGAAAAGGCCAAAAGAAAAGAGUCAAGCUGCUUUGGAUAGAUUGAGAAAGCAACAACAGAUUCAGGAUGUUUUGUCUUCCACUCCACUAGAUUUAGAAGCUCUUCGGGAUCUUGCCAUUGGUGAUGGGGGUCUUGUCAAAGAUGAGCUCCGUCGUAAAGCAUGGCCUUGCCUUAUGAUGAUCGAGCACAUGGAAAUGACUCCAAAACCCACUCUUGAUGUUAUCAAGGCUCAUAAAGAUUACAAUCAGGUGGUACUUGAUGUUAAAAGAUCUCUGAAGCGCUUUCCUCCUGGCAUUGAUGAUGACUAUAGAAUUAUUUUGAUGGACCAGCUUACAGUGCUUAUUAUUAGGGUCCUGAUGAAGCAUCCUGAAUUGAAUUACUAUCAGGGUUUCCAUGAUGUGGCAAUUACAUUCCUACUUGUAAUGGGUGAGGACGUGGGCUUUGAACUGGUGGAAUCGCUGUCUGUAACCCACCUGAGUGAGUUCAUGCGUCCCACAAUGGAGAAGACCACUUACUACCUCUCCUAUCUCUACCCCAUCCUUCACCGAGCCAACCCAUUACUUUAUCAGUUUCUCAUAAAAUCUGGUGUUGGAACAGUAUUCUGCUUACCUUGGCUCAUUACUUGGUUUGCUCACACUCUUUCCGACUACCGAAAUGUUGUGAGAUUAUACGACUUCUUUUUGGCUUCACCGUAUCUCAUGCCAAUGUAUAUAGCAGCAGCUAUUGUGCUUCAGAAAAAGGAUGAUGUCAUAGCAGGUGAAUGUGAAAUGGCCAUGCAACAUUACAUUCUUUCACAGGUACCAGAUUCCCUUCCUUUUGAGAAGAUAUUGGUUGAGGCUAGAAAGUUGUAUGAGGAAUAUCCCCCAGACACACUGCAGGAAGAGGUGGAAGAGUAUCUCAAGAGGAAGGCAGAAGAGGAGCUUGUUGAAAGUCAGCGAUUACUUGAGAGGCGGAAGAAGUUUGAUGCGAAAAAGUUGUCAUGUUGGAAGUUUAUGGCCACUUUUGCUGAUUAUAUUCCAUUGGUUCAUGGUCAGAGAGAAAAUUUGUUAAAGAUUGUAGUAUUUACUGCUACAGUGUUUGUUGCAAGAACCCUUUAUAACUAUUAUUCCUCUUCUGAUGGAUAUUUCUCUUUUGUGGCCAAGUGAUAACAUCUCGUCUAUCACAUUCGUAUUUAAUGCAGUUCAGAAUAUAUCCUACAGUAUAUUUUUGCGUUGCCCUUCAUAAGGACAGAUUAAGUAUCUUAUGCAAUCUAAAUAUUUUACAUUUAUAAAUGACACUUGGAUUAACUCUCAACAUGUGGUUAUCAUUAAAGGUACUGCCCGGUCAUGCACAAAAAAAAAUAUCUUGUAUAGGGUUAUAUUUGCAUACAGAAAGUAUGGAUAUGUGGAUAUUCAUGAUGACCAAACCGCACAUCAAAAGAUGGAGAAACGACAACAUUUUGGUCCGUCCUGGACCAUUAUCAAGUAGUGUGUGAAACGUCGUCAUUUCUCUAUCUUCUGAUGUGUUGUAUCGUCGUCAUAUCUUCAGCCACGUUAUUGUGACUCAUCGUCUGCAUGUGGAUAUUCAGUUUGCUGAAUCUCAUGUAGUGUCUGAUGCUCAAGUUUGAUAGUUUUUAUGUUUGCCAUUUCAUUUAAGCUUACACAAUGUUUGUGGAAUAACCGUUUAUCUACAUAAAUUCAAACACUGGCAGGAAAUAAAUUGUGUUUUGAAUAUAGUAACCACACGCUACUAAUACAUGAUAACUAUCAUAUAGUAAGCAGUUAAAAAUGAUGGCAGCAUUUUGUCAUGAGUCUUUGUUAAUGCCAUUAUAUCCAUAUAGCCAUAACUUAUCCACAUUUACAUCACUUAUAUAAAAGUAGGGCAGUAAUAACUAAAUUCAGCAUAAUAACCUCAUUACUCCAGAGAUCAACUCAUGAAGAUGAUCACAUUUUAAGGGUUAAAAAUGAAGGAAAUUAGUGGAUGAUAAAUUCUAUAACAAAGUGCAGAAUGAUCAUCAUAUCUGGUACACAAUAAUAACUAAAAUAUAAAAUGAAGUAUAACAGCUGGGUUUUGAAAACUGAUGCUACUGUAUUAGGAAGAUCAUGCUGCUUUCUUUUUAGUAAAAAAAAAAAACUUAAUUAUUAUUGUUAUGGUUUCUCACAUAUAUUUAAUGCAACAAUGGUUAAUUAAAUAUAAAUAUCAUAUACUUUGUAAUAAAUUCAAAAUUUAUGAAAACCACAGUGCCAGUCCAAAUUUUUUCCCAACUAAUAUUUGCUGCAUAAGAGAUAGUAUAUUAUUAUGCUGGAAAAUUAUACAGUACAGGAAUCAGUAUUUGAGUAGUGGAAAAAUUGCAUGUUUGAGUUCUGUUACUUGUUGUAUUUAUCUGAAAAGGGAAAGGGUCACUUUAGUCAAGCAUGGGAUAUGGGAGUGUGGGAAUUCACCUUGGAAUUUUACAUCUGUCUACCAAUUGAUUAGUGACAACUGAACACCAGUAUUUGCAGUCAUUUCAGAACAACUUGACAUGCUGGUCAUGUCCAGAUUUGUUUUCUAUAAAUUAAUUAUAUAUAUAUAUAUAGUGAAAAGAUAAAGAAAUGUAUUGAUUUUUUUAUGAUCAUUCAGGUGAACCAUUUCAAAUGUAAUAAUGUGUAAUUGUUAUCAAACUGACAUUAUUUAUAGGAUUCAAUAUACAGUAUGUCUUGUGUUAUUUGCAGCUUGCUAGUCAUUGCUGCCACCACCUAGUCUUUCACUUCACUAUUUGCUGGGGAAUUAUUGAAAGACAUGUGUACAUAUAUUUAUAUUAUAUUGGCUCUGUAGUCAUUAAUGAGAUAAGUACUUUUUGAUGUAUAUAUCACUGGUAUAGCAUAUACUGUACAGACUUUGCAAACAAUGAAUGUUUUUUAAUUGGAAUUUUACAAUACUGUAUCAUAUAAAUAUGUCGAUCUGUUAAGUACUACAUUCAUGCUUAAGUAUUUUAUAUAAAUUUAAUAAGGAAUAAAGUGGUUGUUACAA